AUGAGCUCGCGUUGGCGUAUCGGUCUCGCGCGAUUUUUCUACAACUCGACAAUUUGGUUUUCCAUUGCAUUUGGCAUAUUACCGUUUCGUUAUAAUACGAAACUGCAAAGAAUCUCAACAUCAAAAUACAGCUUGGUCUAUAGUAUUUGCGCUAACGUGCUGAUAGUAUUGGUAUCCUUGGCGGCUUGGCCAAGCGACGAUUUUCUGGAUUUGGACUUAUUGAGACACAAUAAACUAAUGAGUCUACUGACCAGGGUCAUAAUCGUAUCGAAUAUAUAUACCUUAAUUACGAUUGUUGUGAUAAAUUGGCGCGAAUACAAAUCGGUGUUGCACAUUUUCGACGAAUUCGCUGCCAUCGAGCGGAGCUACAUUGCCAAGCAUGGCGAUUUAGCGCGCAGUUGCAGCACUUUCGAUGCCUACAUCAUUUGGAAGGGUAUGGCAACGCUUUUGCAAAACAUAUCCUUCAUUGUAGUCGGUGCCAAUUCAGCGGUUAUAAACACGAGUGUUGCGCUUUUACUUGGCAUUGCAUUAACGCUGGGCAACGUGAGUUUCCUUGUCGUGCUGCACUUUUAUAAUUUUGUCAUAACCACUUAUCGUUACUUGUGGAUACUGGAACAGCGCCUAAAAUAUUUGACCAACAAAAGAACUAAGCCGAUGCGACUGAGCAAAAUCACGUAUGAGGUGUAUGAAAUAACGGGCAUCUAUUUGCGUUUGAUGAAGUUGUGCAAACGCUUUGGCAGCGUUUAUGGCCAGCAGCUGUUGACCAGUAACUUCUCUUUAAUGUGUAAGAACAUACAGUCGUUAUAUCAUUUACGCGUCAUUUGGAGCAACAAGGUUAACGAGUUGUCCGCUUGGGAUAUAUUUUAUACGUCACAAGCGCUGCUGAUAAACCUUUUUGACUUUUGGCUCACUGUUUCGGCAUGCGAAUUGGCGUUGGGCAUAGCGCGGGAUAUAGCGCAGCUGCUGAGGAGUUUUAAUGAUUUGGCGAAAUCGGAUAAGGAGCUCGAUAAAAAUGUUAGUUUUGUGUGGGAAUAA